AAUGAGGAGUGGAAAUAUCCGUACAGUAAGCUAUCUAAAAUUAGUACUUUUUACUCACAUAAGAAUGUAUAACAUACAAUACUUUUUAAAAUCAAAUAUUUUCUGAAUUUUUAUCAAUUUGUUUACAUUGAUGAGCAAAACGUAUUUACGGAAGUAUUUCCGGUUUUGUAUUCUACCGUCUCCUACCAAAUAACGUCGGUGUUGUGAUUCGCUGAGAGAGACUAAAAAAUAAGGUGACUGAAAUGUAGAUCAUUUUACUCAUAUGUGCUAAACAGAUGAAAGGAAUGUACACCUCAGGUUCCUGAUAAGGGAAAAUAAGUUGUAUCCAUGACGACUUACUACAGUGGCUACAAUAUGCCAGGUGUUCCUAGAUCAACAGGAUACUCAGGAAGCUAUAGUUCUGGUAGUACAAGAACUUUACCAAGACAGCGCACAUCUAGUUUAAAUCGAGAAAACAGCGCAACAAGGAAUUUCACUCAGAGCAGCAAACCUCCCAGGCCACUCCCAAAUGGUCCAGGCCCCCUAGACAGUAAUGGCAGAAAAAUAGAUGGUACUGGAUUGUACAAAAUAAAAACUACCUCAUCAUCUAGCCUCCGUUCUCCAGGACCUAUCAAGGCUACAAAUACAUAUAAUAGUACAUACUCAACUUCAUAUGGCACAGCAUAUGGUACGGGGUCAUUGUCUAGACCUGAUAGUGGACUCAAGCAAAGGCGGUCCACAAGCAUAUCAAAUAUCAAUGACCGAUUAUCAGAUCUGAAAGUGACAGACACUGAAUCACGAAGAUCAAGGAACAGGGAUGAGUCCAAUGGGUUCUCAUCAUACAGGUCCUCGCAUGAUGAUUAUACCCCGAGGAGUUCAAAAUCAAAACUGGACAAUGAUAAAAAUGAUGACAUAUUCAGCACAUCAAGAACAAGUUCUAGAAACAGUAAAUUUUUGAAGGAUAACAAUUCUUUUGAUUUGAAUGAUGAUAGCUACACUCCAACAAUUAGUAGAAAAAGAGAUGGAAGUUUGCCUCCAAUGUCCAGGAAAGACUCCAGUUCUCUGGACUCGAAGUCAUCAUUCACUCGCCAGAACUCUGUGUCCCCUACAAGUGUCAAUGGUUCCAUAUCUCAGCACUUGAAUGGUGGAAAAGUUGGUCUUAGAAAUUUGGGAAACACUUGUUUCAUGAAUAGUGUACUGCAGUGCCUUAGCAACACCAAGCCUUUGUUAGAGUAUUUUGUAAAGGAAGACUUCAUAUUGGACAAAAACACAAGCAUUAGUUCCAUGAAGGGUCAAUUGGUUACAGCAUAUGCCAACUUAAUGAAAUCAAUGUGGGCAGAGAGAAGUGAUUCCCAUGUGUCGCCCAAUGCCUUCAAGACUCAAAUUCAGAGAUUUGCACCAAGAUUCAUGGGAUAUGCUCAACAGGAUGCCCAAGAGUUCUUGCGGUAUCUUCUGGAGGGUCUUCAUGAGGAUGUUAACAAGGUCACCAGUAAGCCCAAGCCAGUCACCAUUCAAGAUGAUGAUUUCAGCAAUGACCAGGACAAGGCCAAAGAAUACUGGAGAGUUUAUCUAACUUAUGAUAACAGUCACAUUGUUGAAAUUUUUGUUGGCCAGUUGAAAAGUGAAUUAAAGUUUGAUUGCGAUCACCGUUCAGUGACCUUUGACCCAUUCUGGGAUUUGUCUGUUCCAAUACCCAAAGUUAGUCUAUCUAUGCGCAGUGAUGUUAAUAUCAUCCAGUGCAUAACAGCAUUCAUGAAAGCAGAAGUUUUGGAUGGAGAGGAAAGACCAACUUGCUCCGUGUGCAAGAAGAGAAUGCGGUGCACUAAAAGUUUUUCCAUACAACGAUUUCCUACCAUUCUGGUAUUACAUUUAAAAAGAUUUAGUCAAGGCAGAUACAGCCAGAAAGUGUCAACGUGCAUUGACUUUCCACUAGUCCUAGAUAUGUCGGAAUACUCAGCAGAAAAAGGAGGAAAGCGAGUAUUAUACAACUUGUAUGGUGUCAGUAACCACAGUGGCGGCGUGCAUUCUGGUCACUAUACAGCCAACUGCAAGCAUCCCUACAAUGGGGAAUGGAAUGUUUUCAGUGACACAAGGGUCAGCCCAACAAGUGCUAGUCGAGCAGUUUCAUCAGAAGCCUACCUCCUGUUUUAUGAACGAGUCACUGACCCGUCUCGUCUAUGAUCCAGGUCACUAGAAAGCUUAAAAUAACAUUGAGUAGGAAUCAGCAUUAGAACUGGUGUGGAUUUUAUUACAAAUCAUGGCAUGAUCAUCAGCAUCCCCCUUUUUUUUAUAUAGCAGUCUCCAAAUUUCCUAUCAGCUUUUGCUCCCUUUAUACUAUGAUUUUCUCCUGAUCAUAUUUUUAAAAUCCCUGUAUUUGACUUUUUAAGAUCAUUUCACCUUUAGCAGUUUAAAUCAUGUAUUUCAGCAGGUACAUGGAUAUAAAAUUUUCAUAUACAGUGUCUUUGAUAUUGUCUAUUGUUUUCCUCAUAAACAAGGUAUUCUAUAUGCAAAGAUAUAUUGUUCAAUUAAAGCAUUGUAUGCAUUCUCAUAGAAUUGUAAAUAAUGAGACUUAUUGUGAUUGUUAUGAAAUGUGUUUAUUACUGUUACGGGGUAUGAAAAUCAAAGAAUAUGUAUAAACAUUUGACAGGGCUUGGAAUUUGAGUAUUACAUUAGAUUUGUAAAUAGUGUACAAAUCACAGGCUAAACUUUAAAAAAAGAGGAAAUGUACAUGAAAAUGUACAUUAUAUACAUGUAUUUAUUAUUGUUGAAAUUUUUACAGCUUGAAAAAGCUCUGCUUUAUUAUUGCAUUUGUAUUUAAAAUCUUAUUUGUACAUUGCAGAUUUAAUUUAUUGCUGAUUGUUUACCCUACAUGUAAAUGUAUGAGAUAAUUUCUUGGAUCAUUGAUAUUACUUGUUGAUAGGACACACAAAGCACAAAUUAAUUAUAAUGUUUGGAAGGUUGACUAAUAAGCAUUCUGUGAUAUGUUAUUUAAGGCACAGUUUGAGCUUUUAUCAUUUUUUUUUUUUAAGUUGCACAGUGUUAAUUAUUAAGAUGUUAUCUGAUUAUUAUUUUCUAUGUUGUGAUUAAAAUAUUGAAAGUUAGAAUUACAUUUUUUUGCAUUAAUAGAAUAGAUAUAAUUAUUUAAAAAGAUAUAUAUCCCAAUGGCUUUUUAAUCUAUUUAUUACUAAAAUAUUAAUACAUAUAUUCAGUGGAGAGGAACAGGAUUAUAAUAUUUUGAUGUAUAAAUGAUAUUUGCUUCCUUCUAAAAACAAAAACAUACUUUUACAUGUAUUUAUUCCUGCAGAGCAAUUGGAGAUGAACAAAUGUUGAUAUGUCAUUUGACAUAUUUACAUAUAGAUAUAACUGAAUGGUAUGAUUGUACAGCCUGUUUAAUAGUGUAUAAUGAAGUCGUUUACAUCCAAACUAUUACAGUGAUUUGUUAUCAGUGAACAGUUAUAAAUAUGGUAUAUCAUGUACUUGUAUUACAGUUUUAUCAUACAGGUUUUUUAAGUGAUUCAAAGUACUUGUUAUAUAGGCCUAUAUUAUGCAUGUUAAUAAACAUUUAUUGUUGAACAUUUUGCCCUUCUUGCUAGCUAAUUAUUGUUUAUCAAAUAAGUAUAUUCGAAACAUUACAAGCAAUUGUGAUCUGUGCUUGACCUCAUAAAUAUGAUUAUCAUACAGCUUGAUUUUUUUUAAAACUUUUCCUUUGAUUUUACAUACAGUGUAUAUGCAUGAGUAAACAUAUUUGGUCAUGAAAGUGAUCAAUGACACAACCGUCCACAUGUUUUGUUUUUGUCUGGUUUAGUCAUUUUUACCUUUGUGCACAAAAAUGUGUAAAAAGUACUGUGUUGCAGAGAAUUUUUUGUGUGUUCAUUCUUGGUUCAUAUGUACAAUGUACAUGUAUAUAUUAUUUGCUUUCCCUUUCCCUUUUAAAUUUUGUUAUAUUAAGUUUUUCCAGUCUUUUUGAGUUUAUGUCUUUGAUGUACAUGUAAGCUUUAAAAAGAUUGCAGGAGACUGAUUUUGGAAUUUUAGGAAUGUCUUGUUUUGGGUUUUUUUGUUGUUUUUUUUUAAAUCUAUUUUCUGUUUCUCAAUACUGGGUUGGGGUUUUUUCUGGGGGGGGGGGGGGGGGGGGGGGGGGCUGUCUUAAUAGGAUAGGGAAUUCUCUGUUUAAAAGUAAAAGAAUGGUUUUAUGUAAUUUUUAAUAGUAAAGUGCAUUUGUGAUCAGGAUAUGUCCAUUCUUUAACAGUGUAUUACAAGUUCUAUGGUAUUUCUCCAUAUAGUAAAAGAUGUAGUUAAAAUGCAUAUUAAUUAUGCAGUUUUUGUGUUGUUGAAACUUUAAAUAAGAGUUUGCACUCUUUUUAUUCCAAGAAUGAUGUGUAUGCUUAAUUAAUACACACACCUCAUACGGACAGGAAAAUGACCCUCUUCAAUUUACAUCUAUAAACAUCUUUCAUUGCAAAAUAAGGCACAUGUACAAUAUGUGAUAGGAUAAAAUUGUUGGGUUGGACUCUGGUUUUUUAAGUAAUGAGUCAUAGAAUUUUAUUGGAUUAUGUAUCAUACUUCAGUGAUUCUGAUAGCAUUGACAUACAUGUAUAUGUGUUUUGUGUGCAGAUUAAUUUAACUUCAGAAUUUUUCUGGUUUUAGAUUAAAGGGAAAGAAAGUAACAUGUUCACUUUUACAGAUCAUGUGAUAUGCUUGAGUUAAGUAUGUGAAUAUAGUUUCACUGAUCAGGGUAUAUACUGGUAAUCUAAAAUGUUACUUUCAGACAAGAUUGAAUAAAUACAAUGUAUUAUUCACUUGCCUUCAAUAAAUAGUCAUUAGAGUA